CGCGCCCCUGCAGCGCUGCCAUCCAGGAGACACGGAGGGCGGGCAAGGACCACAGGAAGCGGCAAGCGCUGUGGCCAGAAGGGGGCGCUCACAGGCCGCAGCCCCCCCACCUUGAAGACCCUCCCCCGCGCCUCCUGUCCCCCCACACAGCGGCCCCUUCCGGCCCUGUGCCCAGAGCUCCCGGGGGCUCCUCAUAACAGCUGGGUCCGCCCUGAAAAGGAAACGCGGAGGGCCCUGGCCUCGGGCUGGGAGGGAUCCAGCCAACCUCUGCCGCCGCGGCACUGGGCACCAGCAUCCCUAAGCGCCAGGCCCCCAUCAGCAUCGCACCCGCCUGUCCACCUCGCCUUCUUCCUCUGCCCACUCCACCCGGUGGCCGGGACCGGCUGCCAACCGGGGCACUCGGGGAGAGGCCGCAGCGAACCGCGGCAGACAACCGCGGCAACCGGCCAGCCUGGCCGUCCUCCCCGGACGAGAGCCGGGUGAGGACUGCGGGGCCGCGGCCAGCACGCCAGGCCCACGGCCAGCUCCCGAGGACGGCGCCAAAUGGGCUGGGCCGCGCUCGCCGGGCCCGCCAGACCGCGCCGGGUCCUCCAGACCGCGCGCCGGGCCCGCCAGACCACGCUCUCCAGGCCGGACCAGACCGCGCCGGGUCCUCCAGGCCGCGCUCUCCAGGCCGGGUCCUCCAGACCAGGCUGCGUGCGCCAGGCCCGCCAGACCGCGGUCCCCAGGCCGGGCCCGCCAGACCAGGCCGCGCUCGCCUGGGCCCGCCAGACCAAACCGUGCUUGCCGGGCCCGCCAGGCCAUGGCGAGUCUGCCAGACCUCGGUCUCCAGGCCAGGUCCCCCAGACCGCGCCGGGUCCGCCAGACCACGCGCUGGGUCCGCCAGACAGCGCUCUCCAGGCCGGGCCCUCCAGGCCGCGCUCGCCCGGGCCCGCCAGACCAGGCCGCACUCACCCGGACCCGCCAGACCAGGCCACGCUCUACCGGCCAGGCCGCGUCCGGUCCUCCCGACCCUGCGCACCAGGGGGCCCGCCAGGCCACGCUCGCCCGUACCCGCCAGACCAGGCCACGCUCUACAGGCCAGGCCGCGCCGGGUCCUGCAGACCCUGCGCGCCAGGCCCGCCAGGCCACGCUCGCCCGUACCCGCCAGACCAGGCCACGCUCUACAGGCCAGGCCGCGCCGGGUCCUGCAGACCCUGCGCGCCAGGCCGCGCUCACCAGAGCCUGCCAGACCAGGCCGCGCUCCAGGCCUACCAGGCCUCGCCUGCAACCCUCGGCGCCCCCGGCCGAGCCCAGCCGAGCUCGCAACUCGGCCUCGCUGAGGCCGCAAGCCCCAGCGGUCCCAACUUCGCAGGCGGCCUCAGGGCCCACCGCACGGCCACCGGGCCUCCCCAACACCUCGAUCAGGGCCUGUCAGACAGGCAGACAGCCCUCCCCGUGCUAGUCACCAAUGUGCUCCAGCAAGGCUUCCCCCGUUACCCACUUUCCCUUCUUUAUCGUGUCGUGUCCUUCAACGUGUACUAUUCACGUGUCCUUUUCGCCAAACGAAGAAUCCUCCUCGCUGCCCGAUUUUUCCCUCCAGCUGCUGCCUCAUUUUUCUGCCCCUCUUUGUAUUAACACUCUUCAAAAGAGAUUUCUAUUCUUGCUACCACCAAUUACCCUCCCCUCUCUGAUACUCCCCCCUCCGUCCCUUGCACUGGCUGCUCCCCCAGAGCCACCUGACUCCCUCAGCUCCACGUCUUUGCUUAAAUGUCACUUUCUCAGCGACACUUACCCCGUUGAAUAUUCUUGAACACACACACUCCUGAGACCUCCAGCACUCCUGACUGUCCCUCCUUUUCUUUUACAUCCAUCAUACUCUAAUACGCUACCUAGCCAGUGUUUGUGUUUGUCUCCCACUCAACUACUAGUAUGUAAGCUCCACAAGAAAAGGGAUUUUUGUCUGUUUUAGUGACUGAGUCAUUCAAGUAUUUGUUACAAAUAAAUAAAUGAAUAUUAAGUGUUGGCUGUUUCAAAAUAUAAUUUAUACAUAUAUCUUUUCAGAUGUGACUUAACCAAGUAAAUCAGAAUAAAAUAUACAACUUGUUCAACUAUCCCCAUAUAGUUAGGGUGGGCCAGCACAUUUGCCACAGUUAACAAUGCUACAAAAAAAAAAAAAAAAAAAAAAAAAAACUUGUACAAAAAAUCUGUAUACAGUACUAAUUCCUCUACUGGUUAAGAUUUACAAAAGUAGGUUAUGGGAAUCUGGGUUUUAAAGGCUAACAGAUAUUAUUGCCAGACUCUCAGGAGAGGCCGUAAGACAGAAACAGGAGUUCUAUCUAAAACUCUCCCAGAUAUCAUCUUAGAUAUCCAAUAGAAUUAUAUGUUUUUUUUAAAAAAGGAAAGAAUACAGGGCUUAAGAGGAAAAGAGAUUUUCACAUCUUAGGAGUCAAUGAUGCAAAAUUCAGUGCAGCGAUCAACCUGAAUGACUGUCAUAGAUUUCCCCCAGUGCGCACAAGAAUCAAACCAUCCAACUAGCAUCUGAAGUCAGGGGCCAGCCUCCUGAGAGUAAAGGAAGUCACUUGAUGCGGCAACUACAACCGGAUUCACUGUGUCCUACCCAGGUCACCAGCAAGAAGCCGGUCAGAAUCCGAGGCUUUGACGGCUGUGCUCACAAGUGAAGUUACCAUCGGCCACCAUACAACCUGUUACAAUACCGUGGACUUUAUUCCCUGUGCUGUGCCUUUUAUCCCCGUGCCUUGUUCAUUCCGUAACUGGAAACCUUUUCCUCCCUCUCUCCUCCACCCAAGUUAUCUACGCCCCCAGGCACCCCCUUCCCUCUGGCAUCCACCAAUUUUGAACUCAGCGUCUUUAUCAGUAACCCCUUAGAGUUAUCUCCUAAAGUCAUGAGGGCUAAAGACAAGAGACAAUAACCCAAGUAUGACCAGGCAUGAGAACGUCAUCAAUAAAGGCCUGUUUCCUUUGACCUUCA